CUGCGCGGCGCCGGCGCGGAAGCUCCUGACCUGUGGUGGCGAUGUCUAGCCGGUCCAAGCGGCAGUCUCAUGGUUCCACCCGUGGGAAGCGCGAGUCGGAGUCGCGGGGCGGUUCGGGUCGCGUCAAGAAGGAACGAGACCGCGAGCGGGAGCCCGAGGCGGCGAGCUCCCGGGGCAGCCCGGUCCGAGUGAAGCGGGAGGCCGAGCCGAGUGCGCGAGAGGUCCCGGCGCCCGCGCUCCCGGCCGUGCGGGUGAAGCGCGAGCGCGAGGCCGACGAGGACUCGGAGCCCGAGCGGGAGGUGCGAGCAAAGAAUGGCCGAGUGGAUUCUGAGGACCGGAGGAGCCGUCACUGCCCGUACCUGGAUACCAUUAACAGGAGCGUGCUGGACUUCGACUUUGAGAAGCUCUGCUCUAUUUCUCUCUCGCAUAUUAAUGCAUAUGCCUGUCUGGUGUGUGGCAAGUACUUUCAAGGCCGGGGUUUAAAGUCUCAUGCCUAUAUCCACAGUGUCCAGUUCAGCCACCAUGUCUUCCUUAACCUCCACACUCUCAAGUUUUACUGCCUUCCUGACAACUAUGAGAUCAUUGAUUCCUCGCUGGAAGAUAUCACAUAUGUGUUGAAGCCUACUUUCACAAAGCAGCAAAUUGCAAACUUAGACAAGCAAGCCAAAUUGUCCCGGGCAUAUGAUGGAACCACUUACCUGCCAGGGAUCGUGGGACUGAACAACAUAAAAGCCAACGACUAUGCAAAUGCUGUGCUCCAGGCUCUGUCUAAUGUUCCUCCUCUUCGGAACUACUUCCUUGAGGAAGACAAUUAUAAGAAUAUCAAGCGUCCUCCGGGGGAUAUCAUGUUCUUGUUGGUCCAGCGUUUUGGAGAGCUGAUGAGAAAGCUCUGGAACCCCCGAAACUUCAAGGCACAUGUUUCUCCUCACGAGAUGCUUCAGGCUGUUGUCCUUUGCAGCAAGAAGACUUUCCAGAUCACCAAACAAGGGGAUGGAGUUGACUUCCUGUCUUGGUUUCUGAAUGCUCUGCACUCAGCUCUGGGCGGCACCAAGAAGAAGAAAAAGACCAUUGUGACCGAUGUUUUCCAGGGGUCAAUGAGAAUUUUCACCAAAAAGCUUCCUCAUCCUGAUCUGCCAGCAGAAGAGAAAGAGCAGCUGCUCCAUAAUGAUGAGUACCAGGAGACGAUGGUGGAGUCCACAUUCAUGUACCUGACCCUGGACCUUCCCACGGCCCCACUCUAUAAGGAUGAGAAGGAGCAGCUCAUUAUCCCCCAGGUGCCACUCUUCAACAUCCUGGCCAAGUUCAACGGCAUCACUGAGAAGGAAUACAAGACUUACAAGGAGAACUUCCUGAAGCGCUUCCAGCUCACCAAGCUGCCUCCAUACCUAAUCUUUUGCAUCAAGAGGUUUACUAAGAACAACUUCUUUGUGGAGAAGAACCCAACAAUUGUCAACUUCCCCAUCACAAAUGUGGAUCUGAGAGAAUACUUAUCUGAAGAAGUCCAAGCAGUCCACAAGAACACCACCUAUGAUCUCAUUGCCAACAUCGUGCAUGAUGGCAAGCCCUCGGAGGGCUCCUACAGGAUCCACGUGCUUCAUCAUGGGACCGGCAAGUGGUAUGAAUUACAAGACCUCCAGGUGACUGACAUCCUGCCACAGAUGAUCACGCUGUCUGAGGCCUACAUUCAGAUUUGGAAGAGGCGGGAUAAUGAUGAAACCAACCAGCAAGGGGCUUGAAUGCCUUGUUUGGGGGUUUUGCUCCCAAGGGCUUUGCCUGAAGAUGGUAAAUAAGAAUACUGAAGCUGUUGCUGAACGUGCACGGACUGGAAGAUUCCUGCCCCAGCCCAGUUUUAAUGAGUUUUGGCUGCAUCACCAUCAAGGAACUUGUUUGCCCGUUCAGCAUCAGCAGGCAGAACGCUUACAGAUGGAUGCUUUGUUUGAACUGCUGCAGAUAUCAAAGAAUGGAUAGUUCCUAGGAAACAUCAAGUCUUGAGAGUCUAGGAAUGAACAUGAACCCAGCAGCACCCUCUGUCUGUCAUAGGUAGAUGGUUUUGUAUAGAUCCCUUCAUCUCCUUGUGGGACUUUUGGAGUGGAUUAAAUAUCCUCCUGGUUUUAAA